CAUGCAUAAGUAGUUCUCUCUCUAUCAAUUUUUUUUAAUCGGUUAAAAGAAAAAAGGCAGCUGUCAGCCAAAGCUCAGCUGACGAAUGGCUGACACUGACACAAUGACAAACAACAACAAAACGAAUGGGUACAUGAACCUAACCUCCAAAAUAGUUUUCGAUAUUUUAAAUUAUUAGAGCACCACUAUGAUGUAAACUAAAAAAGUAUUUCAAUAGCCGUUUCUAUCAGAACUUCUUCAUCAGCAUCCCAGUAUAUCCAGCAUGUUUAGAACGAAACUUGUGAAUAUCGUCCGAUCUGCUGCCAAGGUGCAAAGAACAUUGAUACCAAGACUACGAAAGGUUACCCCAUUAUCCGUAGGAUUACUAGCUACUGUAUAUUGCGAAGAGAACCAAAACGAAUACAAUGAGUUGAAUAUGUCAUGGAGUGAUGACAAUUUGGAGCACGAAUUCUUGAUACGCCAAGCAACAACAGUAAAUGUGAACGCCGCUACGCAAUUGCUCACAGUAACUUUAGUGGCUAUACAUGAUACCAGUGAAAGACUAAGGGAGGCUCUUACAAAAGAAAUAUGUCUGGUGAAACAAGCAUUAGAGUGGGGAGAGAAUGCGACACCCCCACAGCACUGGGACGAGCUGGUGGCAGUAAGGGGUUCACUCCGAGACCUCAAGCAUAAUCUACGCACAUUAUUUGGUUAUAUGGAUUAUGCUGAAAAGUUAGCCACAGUGGCUGCUGAAAUAUCUUAUCUUUCUGGAAACACUACAGCAUCAGAUGCUAUUUGUGAGAGAAUAGACCAUGCAUGCAGGACUUGUAAUGCCCAGAAGCAGUUGACGCACGAGCUUCAACAAGAGAGCUUGGAACUCCAGCAGCAAGCCAUCAUGAGCUCCCCACAGCUCGAGGAGAAACUGAAACAAGGGUUCAGUGAUGACAACAGAAACAAACGAAAAACUUGAUGUUAUUCUACAAUACGUCUCAUUAGUCUAUUCAAUAACAAUUACAAUAUCUAGGAGUAAUUUUAAAAUUUCUAUUUUUCAUAGUUUAUAAUAAACUUAGAAUAUGACUGGCUGAA